AUGGACUAAUCUGUGGAAGCAGUUUAUUUCAGUAUCACCCAGGGUGCAGCCACACCAGGGGCUGUGUUAGAGGCUGUUUUUUCUUUUAAAUGUAAUACCUCAUCCGUAUUUCUUCCUAAACAAUCUGAGCGCAUUUACAUUAUAGAUAAAUAGUAGAGGGUGGGUAAUUCUACUUUCAAGAAAACUACUCUCUUCUGAGAAGAUUUCUACACAAGACAGCAUGAAGGAAUACAUGCUACUACUGCUUUUGGCUGUGUGCUCUGCCAAACCCUUCCUUAGCCCUUCAUACUUGACCCUGAAGAAUGUGAUGCUGAAGGACAUGGAAGAUGCAGAUGAUGAUGACGACGACGACGAUGAUGAUGACAAUUCUCUUUUUCCAACAAAAGAGCCAGUGAACCCCUUUUUCCCAUUCGAUUUGUUUCCAACAUGUCCGUUUGGGUGCCAAUGUUAUUCUCGAGUUGUCCACUGUUCAGAUUUAGGUUUGACUUCCGUCCCAAGCAACAUUCCAUUUGAUACUCGAAUGGUUGACCUUCAAAACAACAAAAUUAAGGAAAUCAAAGAAAAUGAUUUUAGAGGACUCACUUCACUUUAUGCUCUGAUUCUAAACAACAACAAGCUAACAAAGAUUCACCCCAAAACCUUUCAAACCACAAAGAAGUUGCGAAGGCUAUAUUUAUCCCACAAUCAACUAAGCGAAAUACCACUUAACCUUCCCAAAUCAUUAGCAGAACUCAGAAUUCAUGAUAACAAAGUUAAGAAAAUACACAAGGACACAUUCAAAGGAAUGAAUGCUUUACACGUUUUGGAAAUGAGUGCAAACCCUCUUGAUAAUAAUGGAAUAGAACCAGGGGCGUUUGAAGGGGUGACGGUAUUCCAUAUCAGAAUUGCUGAAGCAAAACUAACUUCAAUUCCUAAAGGCCUUCCGCCAACCUUAUUGGAGCUUCAUCUAGAUGAUAACAAAAUUACAAAUGUGGAACUUGAGGAUUUUAAACGAUACAAGGAACUGCAAAGGUUGGGUCUUGGAAACAACAGAAUCACAGAAAUCGAAAAUGGAAGUUUUGCUAAUAUACCACAUGUGAGAGAAAUACACCUGGAAAGCAAUAAACUAAAAAAAGUCCCUACAGGAUUACAGGAGUUGAAAUACCUUCAGAUAAUCUUCCUUCAUUCAAAUUCAAUUACGAAAGUGGGAGUGAAUGACUUCUGUCCAACAAUACCGAAGAAAAAGAAAUCUUUAUACAGUGCAAUAAGUUUAUUCAACAACCCAGUGAAGUACUGGGAAAUACAACCUGCAACGUUCCGUUGUGUUCUGAGCAGAAUGAGCGUCCAGCUUGGGAACUUCAGAAAGUAAUAGUAAUGUCCAUUGAAUACAAAAUUCAAAAAUUCUUACAUUUGGAAUACUUGAACUCUACUAAUCAUGGUAGCAUUAUAUACAUAAGCAAAAAUCUAUCCUAGAUGGUAGAUGACAAAAAAUUUCAACAUGAUUUUGCCAAACUAUUGAUGCAUAAGGAUUAACAGAAAUAGGUAUCUAGUGCAGUUUCCCACUGCAUGCAAAUGAUUUUGCAUAAAUCUUUUGCUUUAACAUUCCUUCUCAGUACCUAAACCAGAAGAUAUUCAAUUCAAUAUUUAAGCCUUUGCAACCCAGUGCAUUUUAAACAGAACAGUACUGUAAAUGGAAUGCUUGACUUGGCAACAUAUGUGCCCUUUCAUUUGCUGUUUAAAAAAAACCAAACAAACAGAACUGACAAGGACAGCUAAAUGAGGAGCAUGUUAUAUUAUUCUUAUCCUGUAAUAUUUUGGGUAGUACUGUAACAUUUCUAAUUUUGUUGAAAUAUGGUCUGAUAUGACCAUACUGAAGUUCUCUAAAAUUAACUUCUUAUAAUAAAGCUUUCAUAAGUAUUCA